ACAGAAGCUGCCCCGCCACGGGCUCCAAGGCAGUGUGUGAUAUGAUUGCUGAAACUCUCUCCUCGUCAGUUCUUUCAUACAAGCAGCUGAGAAUCACCAUGAUCCAUAACCAGGAGCUCUGGAUUGUACCUGGUGUAAGGUUCAUCCACAUCUAAAAACAGGGGUCUCAAGAAACAGAAAGUGAACUUUUAAAGCCAUGAUGACUGCACCCAUUGUACAGUUCCCAGCUAUCUCUCCCAGAGGACACUUGUCAAACCCUUAUGCUGUUGACGUGCUCAGGACUAAGAGAGACGACCUCAUUGAUGGAAUUAAGAACCCAGAUGGCCUGAUCAGUUGGCUUAUCGACCAUGGAGUUCUGUCUCAGGACAAAAAAAUGGUUAUGUCCUAUUACCGGACAAGGACAGAGAAGAUCUCCAGGCUGCUGGACAUCUUGGCGACUAAAGGUGAGAGGGCAUGUCGACUCUUCUUCUUCCCCUGUCUUAAGGAAAUUGAGCCUAGGUUAUACAACACUGUUAAAAACUAUGUCAGCAACGUAAAUGACACAGUAGGAGAUGGGAGGAGGCAGCUGGUGGGAUAUCUGCUGGAGAGAGAUAAAGAGGACGUCCAAAUGCCUACUAAGGAACCACCACAAAAAAUUCCCCGUAAGGAGACUUUGCCCAAGAAGGUAAAAGCCAAAGUUCAGAAACCAGGUGUCCAAGUGAAAGAGAAGAGGAGACCUCAGUCGGAAACUCCUAAACAGAGGGUCCCAGGGUCAGUUGAGGUCUUCGAUGCAGUUGCAAAAGGUGACCUCUCCUUGUUGGAGUCCUUAUUGAAAGGCUCGGAUGUGAAUGCUGUAAACUCUUCUGGAGAAACCUUGCUGCACGUAGCAGCGUCUAACGGCCAUGUACCUGUCAUAGAAUAUUUGCUCGCUAAAGGUGCCAAAGUAGAUGCCAAAGACAGGAAGCAGGAGACAGCACUGCACAGGGCUGCAGAGAACGGGCAUACAGAAGCAGUGCGGGUCUUACUCCGAGCUGGGGCAAACAUCUACUCCCUGGACAAUGACUCCCAGUCGCCCAUUCACCUAGCCGCUCGUAACAAUCAUCAGGAAAUAGUAAAGCUCUUUCUUCAAGAGGAAGGGAAGCGCUACAAAAACAGGUCCAACUUUUUACACCUGGCAGCUGCUAAGGACAACAGUAAGCUGGCGCAGAUGCUCCUCAGGAACGGUGCCGCUGUUGAUGCCACGGAUGAGAAGAAGCGCACCGCUUUAUUCCAUGCGGUCUCCGGGGGACAUGAAGCGACGGUGAAAGUUUUACUGGAAGCCGGCGCCACCAUCGAUUCCAGCAUUUUUGACGCAGCGUUCAAUGCCAACCAGAGUUCCAUCUUCAGCCUGAUCCUGGAAUACUCCAAAGGGCUGUCCCCGGACACCAUGAUCUCCGCUAUGUUCAAAGCCGUCAAGCUGAAUCUUUAUGGCAUAAUCAAUGCUUUGGUCGACAAAGGCACCGAUGUGAACGCCAAAAAUGACAUUGAGUAUACGUCGCUGCUUCUGGCGGCAGAAUUAGGUAAAUCGGAGGCGGCCCUGGCGCUCAUAGAGAAAGGGGCGCAUCUGGAUGACAGGACACCAAAUCUGAACAGUGCUUUGCAUCUGGCUGUUCAAGGAGGAGACGUUUCAAUUACAAAACUAUUGCUACGUAAGGGAAUGAAUGUUAAUAUAACGGGCCCAGCAGAUCACACACCACUUCACGUGGCGGCUUACCAUAACAAACCGGAGCUGAGCAACUUAUUAAUUGAUGCUGGAGCCAACGUGAACUCGGUCACCAAGGAACAUCUCACUCCGUUGCACAUUGCAAGUCAGAGGAACAACCUUGAUGUCGCCCAGAGUCUCGUACAACACAAUGCCAACGUGAACGCCAAGGACAAGAACGCAAGGACGGCGUUACAUAUGGCAGCUGAGGGAGGCGGGAACUCUCUGGUACAGCUGCUCCUAAAUAACCAAGCAAACCCCAAUGUCGCUGACAAAGAUAAGAUGACCCCCCUCCACAUUGCGGCAGCAGCAGGAAAUACGGAAACAGUGGAGGCCUUGCUAAAAAGCCAGGCCCGGUACAGUGUCAAAGACAUGGAUGGGUGCACGCCCGUCCAUUAUGCCGUAAUCUCCGGCAGUACGGACGUUGUUAAAGCUUUGCUGAACGCCGGGAAAAAUAAAAACAUCGAAGAUAAAAACGUCUGGAGGAAAACACUCCUGCACCUGGCAGCUGAGCACGGGCACAGUGACCUGAUCAAUCUGCUGCUUACCAGCGGGGCAGCGAUCAACCCUCUGGACAACAACCGAGACACCCCACUUCACUGCGCCUGCAAAUCCGGCCAUUUGCGCGCCGUGCAGACCCUGGUCGGCUGGACCCAGGGGAAGAAAGCCAAUUUACAGGAGACCAACAGCCUAAAGAAAACGCCUCUUCAGGUGGCCGAGGCCGAAACCACCGACAGUCACCAGCAAAUUGUAACGUUACUGAAAAAGAAAAUGCUGAUAAUUAAAUAGAAAGGAACGUGAAAUAGAUGUUUUAUAAAGAAGAGUUGCUGGCAGCUUUCAUGAGGGAGUAAAGGACAUGUCAGAGGGUGGACUGCUGCACACUGGUACAUUGCAACGUGUAGGGUUCCAGAACCUGCUCUCAUACACUCUGACAGCACUGACUACCCCUUUUGCAGAGUAUAACAGCUCCAGUGCUAUGAUCUGCUUGUUAAUUCGGUUUAAGCACAAUUGUCUCAGUUGUGGAGACAGGAACCCUCCCCUGACAGGGGGAAAUGGGAGUUCUAUUUAAGAUGGGUUGUUGCCCAUAGCAACCAAACAGAUUCCAGGUAUUAUCUUCUAGAAGGUUCUAGAUAAAUGAGAAGUAGAAUCUGAUUGGUUGCUAUGGGCAACAGCCGAUCUUAAAUAGACAUCCCAUCUUAGUAAAUUUACCCCACAGUGUCUAGUUAGACAGUCGAUAGAUAGACAUCAUAUGUUAGACA